AUGUCUCGGGCCGAGCUCCCUCCCCCGCGGUGCCUUCGCCCCUCUGGGCUGCCAAUAAACUGUUACAGCUACCAGAGUGUGCGCGACUGGGAACGGGCGGAGCGCCAGGAUCGCUGGACAGAGGCAGUGCAGCGCUCUUUUCUGAUCCCCGGGGAAAGUACUACGACCUUGCACACCCCACCCACCCUCAGCUGGCCCAAGACCCGGGUUCGAGAAGAAGCGCUGGUGUUGGCACCGCCUGCCGCCCUGGAGCUGCUGCAGGACGUUCACCUGGGCCUGGCCCCACCACGCCAGGGCCCUGCCCGCCUGGCCGUCCUCUCAGGCCACUACCUCUACUAUCACUAUGGCUGCGACGGGCUGGACGACCGCGGCUGGGGCUGCGGUUACCGCACCCUGCAGACGUUGUGCUCUUGGCCGCAGGGCCAGACCAUGGGCGUGCCUGGACUGGACGCCGUGCAAGCGGCCUUGGAGGAUAUAGGCGACAAGGCCCCCGGGUUCCGGGGCUCCCGGAGUUGGAUCGGCUGUGUAGAGGCCAGUCUCUGCCUCGCGCACUUUGGAGGGCCCCAGGGCCGCCUGUGCCACAUACCCCGUGGAGUGGGGCUUCGCAGCGAGCUGGAGAGGCUUUACUCCCACUUUGCAGGGGGGGGUGGCCCUGUGAUGGUGGGAGGGGAUGCUGAUGCCAAGGCCAAGGCCCUGCUGGGUGUCUGCCUGGGGCCACGUACGGAAGCCUACGUUCUGAUACUGGAUCCUCACUACUGGGGCACUCCGAAGAACCCUAGAGAGCUACAGGCUGACGGGUGGGUGGGCUGGCAAGAGGUGAGCAGCGCCUUUGAUCCCUGCUCCUUUUACAACCUGUGCUUGACCAGCUGUAACUCUGAAAAGCAGCAGCACUCCCAGAACUGAAACUGACUUCACCCCUGUGAACCCUUUACUUAUCAAGUGUCCCAGCAGAACAGAUGGAACUUCAGCAUCAAUAAAAUGGUGACAAACGGGGCAUGGUGGGGUAUGCCAGUAAUCCUAACACUCGGGAGGCUAAGGAAGGAGGAUCCUUUCAAGUUCAAGACCAGCCUGGCCUGCAAAGUCAGCUUAAAGGGGGCCGGGGAAGAUAGCUCAGUGGAAUAAGUGCUUCCCUGGCAAGCGCAAGGGCCUAAAUUCAAUCCCUGGUUCCACCAAAAAAAGUGAGCUAAAGCCAGCCCGAACUAUAGUGAGACCCUGGAUCAAAAAGACAAAAAUUAAAGUAACAGGGCCCAGCCAACCAUGGCCCCACCUGACGUUUACGAAGAUGUGAGAAGGUAUACAACACACCCAAC